CCGCCUCCGGCACAUCGGAGCAUCGGAUCGGGGAGCCAUGUCGGACGAGCUGAGCGAUCUGCUGCGGGAGUUCGAUGAGGUCGUCGAAGGCUUCGACAGAGGCCCCGCGAGUCAGUAUGAGCGGCACUUGGAGGAGCUGAAGAGGAAAGCGGGGCACAGUGUGUACGACAGCGGCAUCGAUGAGCUGGAGAGUACCAGCACAUCCCCAGCAAGCAGCUUGAACUCCAGUGAGGAAGAUCUCAACACCCACACUAGUCCUUACUCCUCUAAAGCUAAGCUUGGAGACACGCAGGAGCUGGAGGAGUUCAUUGCAGAUCUGGACAAAGUAUUAGAGGAGAUGUGAGAUGUGGUUUUGGUGGAAAGUUUGGAGAAGGAUCCACAGCAGAUACACCAAGUGCCUCCCUGAUGUACCUAAUGCUUCUGUGUCCCUGCCAUCCUGCAGCUGAGUGGGUAACAGCUCCUCUGUGCCAUGACAUGCUACUUCGUUUCAGGGAAGGACAAUCCCAGCCACAAACAUGGACUGAUCCUGCCUCGACAACUGCUUCUUGCUCCAGCAGUGGGAGAACUGGAAUGUGUUUCUGGUGCUGUGGGGUUGGGGACAGCUGCGCUUGUGCCAGUCUCACGGCACUGGCAAGCUUAGGCCUGCAUGUUCAGCUCUGCAUGUUCAUGGCACCUCCAGUCAAGGAGAAGGAGGGGCUCCCCAGACCCUGGGGCUGGGCAGGGCAAGCUUGCAUAAAGGCAGUGGGAGCCUGAGGAUGGUCCUCAACGUUAUUGUGGACACAGCCAUGGAACAGCGCUUUCAUCCUUGCUUUGGGCCUGCCACGAGAUCUGCUGAGGUCUGCUGGCUAGCAGCUGUGAAUGAUGACAUAGUCAGCUCUGCUUUAAUUGCUGGGCUUCAGUCUGCCUCCAUAUGCAGGACAGGACUCUGCUGGCACUAAGAUAUGAAACCUUCUUGGUGAGGGCAUCAGGCUAUGCUCUGAAAGAGGGACUCGUGGCUGCUGACCAAGUGGAUCUGGGGAAUUUAUCCUCUAGAUUCAACAGUGGCAUGAUGAUGAUACGGGUGAAGAUCAACUAGCAGUGCUUCACUGACACCUUGGUGUCCUCUCCUGGUUCAGGAAGUCUGUCCCUGCAGCAGUAUGUCAGACAGUGGCAGCCAUUGCUGGCCUGUUGCUUCUCUUGGGUAUCUGCAAGUAAGGCCCCUGCCUGGACCCCAAGUGCCUCUACCCUGACUUCUGCUGUCAAUACUGUAACAAUGAUGAUGUACACUGUACAGUUAAUAUAUUUUUAUGAACGGGAUUUUAA